AACUGCAUGCAUCGAUAGACAUAUAUUCAUUUCAAUCCUUUCUUGUGCUCUAGGCGUGUCAUCGACAUGAGGCCGCUGAGAGAUUAUCAAGAUGGCUCUGCUCAAUACAGCUCAUUGGCUACUCGUGUUCAAGAAGCGUGGAACAAGUGGGAGAUCCAGUGCCUAGUGAUGGCGAGCUUCUCCCUGCAGGUGUUCCUCCUCCUGUCGGCACCAUUUCGCAGGCGCCACGGCUCCAGGCUGCUGAAUGGCUCGCUAUGGGUGGCGUACCUGAUGGCCGACUACGUGGCGACCUAUGUCCUAGGCCGUCUGUCAUUCCUGUUGGCCGCAGCCGGUGACACGCGGCAUCAGUUGGCGCUGUUCUGGGCGCCGUUCCUGCUGCUCCACUUGGGUGGGCAGGAGACGAUCACGGCCUUCUCCAUGGAGGACAACACGCUGUGGAUGCGGCGGCUGCUGGACCUGGCAGCCCAGGUGACGAUGUCCGUGUACGUGGUGGGCAAGCAGUGGAAAGGGGAUAGAUUGCUGGUGGCUCCCAUGGUGCUCGUGUUCGUGUUGGGAGCAGUCAAGUACGGCGAGAGAAUAUGGGCGCUCAGGUCAGCCGCCGCACGGGCACCCGGAAGUAGUUCCAUUGCUAGCCUUGCUGCUCGCACCUACAGCAAUAUUGCUAGUUUCAUUACUAGCCUUGCUGAUGUGCUGCCGGAAUCAGGGCGUGGUGUGAUGGCCCAUUAUAGAAGCAUGGUUAGUAUUAGUUCACAAGACAAGGUAAGUAUCGAGAGCAUCCUGAAGGAGGCCUCCAUGGAGUUCCAAGCAAGCUUGGACUUUUUCAUGGACGUGAGCCCUUCAAAUGUAAGCGGUUCCUACUCGAGGUACCAUAGGAUCAAGAAUGCGUUGGUGGAGAUCAAGUCUUCAAAGAAUGGAUACGGGAUGGCAUACAAGCUGGCUGAGAUGCAGGUCUCUUUGAUCUAUGACUACCUGUACACCAAAUUCGGCACAGUUCGAUUCCAAACCUUCCCAAUAUCAAAAUCAAAAUCAAAUCCAACCAUGGCGGCGGCGCUCCAAUGGCUUGUCUCUCUUGGCCUAACCUCUGUGGCUCUUGUGUUGUUCGCUAGGGCCAUGGCCGGUAACACUACUAGUAGUAAGUUCAAAUAUAGUAGACCUGAUGUUCUCAUAUCUUACAUACUGCUCGUGGGCGCCAUUGCAAUGGAGAUAUCCUCCAUCUUCAUUGCACUCACCACAUCAUGCUGGGCAGGCAUCGCUGUGGUCAAGCAUCUUCAUCUCCAUGUAGGGGAGUGGUCAGGGAAGCUGGCACAAUACAACAUGGUUGAUGCAUGCGUCCAGGAGAGGGAGAGACGACGACAGACAGCAGCUAGUGGCGCCGUAGGGAAGCUAAUCCGCUGGAUCCUGGCACCAUGCGACAGCGAGACACCACAACCACACGUCGUUGUCUCUCUUGAGGUAAAGAAGCUGCUUCUGAACAAAGUGCUUGAAAUAGCGACCGAUGUAGACAACAACCGCUGGGACUUCAGUAGGUUCCAAGGCCAGUGGGCUCUGUGGGUGGCCAACAGAGUCAACGGCGGAGACAGUGAUCCUGCUGCUCUAGGCCCAGCUCACAGGGCACUUUCGGCUAGCAAGAUCCAAGAGCUGGAUUUCGUGUCCACCGUUGUUGCUUGGCACUUGGUUACGACCAUAUGCUUGCUGCCCGGCGAUGGCCCUGGCGAGCUCACAAACCCUAGCAAGGACUUGUCCAGUUACAUCAUGUACCUUGUGGCUAAGCAUGGGAUGAUGGUUGAUAGCAAUGGACACAUCGUGAUUGCUAGAAGCCGAAUGGAGGUGCAGGCAUCUUCGCAAAUGCUUGAUUUUCUCGAUGAGCUUCACGAAGAUGGCUUCAUCCAGGAACUCCGUGAUGGUGAUAGGCAAUAUAACUCUCCGGAUAUGAUCGUACGUCAUCGGAGUAGACCUGCACUUACCACAGCUCGCAAGGUCUGUGUGGAGUUGCUCAAUAUCCCAGAAGCAAGAGAUCGAUGGGAGCUGAUUGCUGCGGUGUGGACGGAGAUUCUAUGCUACAUGGCACUUAAUUGUGGAGCUACCUUCCAUGUCAAGCAUCUCACCACUGGUGGAGAGUUCCUCACACAAGCCAAGAUGCUCCUCUUCGUUAUACGAUUGCCUUUUCUUAUGAAGAGUCCUCUGGAAGGUAUAAUAAUGCCUCCAUUUAUGUGAGUUGUUAUACAUAUAGAAACACUACUAGGAAAAGCAUUAUCGCAAGCGGCCGAAAACGGUCUUCGCGGGCGGGGCGGCCGUCCGCCUGUAAGAAAACGACUGUGAAGAUCGCCGAUCUUCGCAGGCGGGGCGGCCGUCCGCCUACGAAGAUAAUUUUCGCAGGUGGACGUUGGCUAGUCCGGUCCGCCUGCGAAAAUAUG